AUGCGCUAUCGAGGAGGGGAACCGGAGCGGUGCAGCACCCGCGACGUGGUCGCACACACAGCAAAUACAACAGUGGGCUACAUCAACAGGAUGCGUGAGCAACUGAAGGAGCUCACCAAGCAGUACGAGAAGUCGGAGAAUGACCUCAAGGCCCUGAAGAGCGUUGGGCAGAUUGUGGGGGAGGUUCUAAAGCAGCUAACUGAAGAGAAGUUCAUUGUGAAGGCUACGAAUGGGCCAAGAUAUGUGGUUGGCUGUCGUCGUCAGCUUGACAAGAGUAAGCUGAAGCCCGGGACAAGAGUUGCUCUUGACAUGACCACACUCACUAUUAUGAGAUAUUUGCCAAGAGAAGUGGAUCCAUUGGUUUACAAUAUGUCUCAUGAAGAUCCAGGGAAUGUUUCUUAUUCUGAGAUUGGAGGAUUAUCGGAACAAAUAAGGGAGCUAAGAGAGGUCAUAGAAUUGCCACUUACAAACCCAGAAUUAUUCCAGCGUGUGGGAAUUAUACCUCCAAAAGGUUGCUUGCUGUAUGGUCCGCCAGGUACAGGGAAAACACUCUUGGCAAGAGCGGUUGCUAGCCAGCUAGACUGCAAUUUCUUAAAGGUUGUGUCUAGUUCAAUUGUAGAUAAGUACAUUGGUGAAAGCGCCCGACUGAUAAGAGAAAUGUUCAACUAUGCCAGAGAUCAUCAGCCAUGUAUCAUUUUCAUGGAUGAAAUAGAUGCUAUUGGUGGCCGUCGUUUUUCUGAAGGAACUUCAGCUGAUAGAGAAAUUCAGAGAACUCUGAUGGAGUUACUGAAUCAAAUGGAUGGAUUUGACACUCUACACAGAGUUAAAAUGAUCAUGGCUACAAACAGACCCGACACAUUGGAUCCUGCAUUGCUGCGGCCAGGAAGACUAGAUAGAAAAAUCCAUAUUGAUCUACCCAAUGAACAGGCCAGAUUAGAUAUUUUGAAGAUUCAUGCGGGUCCUAUCACUAAACAUGGUGAAAUAGAUUAUGAAGCAAUUGUGAAGCUUUCAGAUGGCUUUAAUGGAGCAGAUUUGAGAAAUGUCUGUACUGAAGCAGGUAUGUUUGCAAUUCGUGCUGAUCAUGACUUUGUAGUUCAGGAAGACUUCAUGAAGGCUGUAAGGAAAGUGGCUGACUCUAAGAAGCUGGAGUCAAAGCUGGACUACAAACCUGUUUAACUUAAUCAUACACUUCAUAAUUGACUGCAUGGGAAAUAUCAGUGUAUAAAAGGAGAGAAAUAACGUACCUCUUGGCUAUGAACUUAUUGCGGGUUUCUGUAUAACACAGGAAGUUAGUAGUGUGUUUUCUGUACAAUUCUGAAACAUAACUUUUGUUGCAGCCCAAGUUAAGGAGAUGUUCUACUAAAAAUUACUGUGUGACUGUAUAAACAUACCUACAUAGUUUAACUUUAGCAGAUUUUAAGAAAGUCAAUGCAAUCUUGAUUAUUUUAUAUCAGUACCUUUUCCUUUGCCAGAACUGAAUAAAAUUUUGUUUAAAGUAA